ACUCGAAGAUAAGGGACUAAUUUAAGCUCUUUUCUCCAAGUAGAUUCCACCCGAUUCUCCUCUCCUCUGUUUCCCCUUAAAUAGCAAAUCCUUUGUUUUUUUUUCCAAAAAGGAAGCCACCAUAUAACAAGUUCAUAUAAAAUAAUCACGAACCAUCAGAAGAGACCUAUUUUUCUGUUUUGCCACUGUCGUUUAGGCUUUCACCGAAAAUCUUUUUUUUUAUCAUCCUCCCAAAAGUGUGCUAUGAGCUUUUCCUAAGCAAAGUGUUGCUGCCCACUAUGGGCACAAUAUGUUUAAAUUGUGGUGGCAAAGGUUUCACUAACGCAUAUGUUUUCUGUGUGAAAUGCCUAGAAGUUGCUGUGCACCGCUACUGCCUUGAAAUUGUGACAUUUGAUGAAGAUGUCUAUUGGGUCUGUGAUGACUGUGAAGUGAAGGAGCCAGACGAACUAAACAUCAAGAAAUCUGAUGCCAUCUCAGAAGAAAAUGGGGAUUGCACUAGUUCAAGACAUUGUAAAGCGAGCUCUGAAGUAAAGAUUGGUGUUCCUGAGACAAUAUUAAAGAGGUGUGAUGGUAGGCUUCAGGAACUUCUUCAGCCUCCUGGGAUUGAUUUGGUAGAGCAUUGCCAGAUAGUGGGCGAUACUUCAUGCGUCAAGGAGGAAGGUAGUCCUACUUCAUCGAGAGAUGAGAAAAAUAAGCCAAGACUAGUACAUAGCUCUUCUGAGCAAUCCCAUGAGUCACAGACAAGCAUUGAGUGCAAUGAACGAACUCAAUCAGCUAAUGUUUCUCUAUUGCCAGCUAAGCGAUCAAAGGAAGAAGUUACUGUCCCACUGGCCAAGCGAGCAAGAGAAAAUUUUCAAGCUCGCCAUUUGAAGCAACCUUGUGACACAGAUAUUCAGCCUGGCACACAGGAUAAUUCUUCUGGCAUGACUGAAAAGACAAAGAGUAUAUUUUCGUCUGGCAAUCAUCAUGAAAAGGAAUCAGCGAAUGGAAAAGAUAUAAUAUUAACACCUCAAACUAGAACUGUUUUCAAUGAAGAUACUUCUCAAUUUUUGAAAGAUGAACAGCCAAUUGAACCCAAACAUGCUGGCCAGCAACAAGCGAUGCCUCUUAUCGAUUUUAUUUGGAGGGGUAGUUUUAGCAUGUGGAACAAAGAGUAUGAGACGCUUGAUGGACUUGUAGCUCACCUAUCAGUUAAAGCAUGUCAAAAGGUUUAUGAAGAAGCAAGCUUGUUUCCAGCUUUGCUUCAACUGGAAAUGCUCCCAAAAUCUGACAUAUGGCCUAAGAGUUUCACUAAAUCAGAGCCCACUGAUGAUAACAUCGGAUUGUAUUUUUUUCCAUUUGACACAAGAUGUGAAAAGGAGUUCGAUCUGUUGGUGGAGCAGAUGAUCACAGAAGAACUUGCUCUACGAGCAAUCGUAACAAAUGCUGAGCUUUUGGUUUUCACUUCCACAGAGCUGCCCGUGCUAUACUGGAGAUUUCGGAGCAAGUACUACCUCUGGGGUGUUUUCAGACCGAAGCGGGAUUCCAGAAGGAAUACUAUGAUGCCAAAUAGGAAGAGUGAACCUGCGACCUAGUAUGCUGUUUAACUGGUUGUUAACGCAUAUCUGUCGGAGUGCUGAGCAUCUGGUGAUUAGGAUGAAGCAGCUUUCUUUUAUAGCCAUCUUGUUGGGGAGUUUUGCUCGGUUGAAGAACCUAAUUUCCUGUGAAAGAUACCUGAUUUAACAAAAGCCUUCUGUUUAGCGUUGAUCCGAGGACUAGCGAGCUUGAUAUAUGCAGGAGCAUGGUUUUACAUGGCCAUUUAUUUUGUAGUUGCUCCUACUUUGAUUGUCAAAAGUCUAAUCUUGUGCAGUUGUACGUGAUAGAUCGAGACAUUAUCAAGGAAGAGAAGCUCUCUCUCUCUCUCUCUCUCUCUCUCUCUCUUCCAGGUGGUUUGGGGCUCGUCUUGUAUAUUUUGAGAUGAUGUCAUGUAAAUGAAGGUUAUGCAAUACUAAACCAUCUUAAAUGUAGGGAUGACAAUAGGACGGGGUGAGUGAUGCCUUGACCUGCCACAGAUUUAACCUGCCUUGCCCCGUUUAACAAUAUUCCUCUUUUCAA